AUGCAAUCACUUCGCCCCCGGUGGGCUUCAGGAAGUCUUCGUAUCAGUGCAGGACUGCCGAGUACUCCUCGUAUCCCUCGUACUUCUCACAUAGCAGGUAGUCUACUUCGAGCAAUCAAACCACUCCCAUCAAUCUUCACAAAUACAAGGCAUAGCAGCAAUGCGGCCUCUCCAGAAAAGGCGUUCAGGGAACGAUUACAGGAGGUCAGAAAUGCCUGUCCUGAUCCAUACCCCCGUCUUCCCAAAGACCAGCGCUCGGUGAGCUGUUCGGAGUUUCGUGACCGAUACAGCCACCUUGCCGACAAUGAGAUAGUAGAGGAUGACUCCGUCGUUGUUCAUGGUAGGUUGCUGCCUGCUCUGGCCCUACCUGGUUGUCUUGUACUUAGAUUAGUAGGAAGAAUUCGUACCUAUAGACUGGCCGGGAGCAAAUUGAUAUUCUUCGAUAUCGCCCAGAACGGACAUAAAGUCCAGGUCAUGUGCAACAUUCGCCGACUGGAUGGAGUAUCGCCCGAGUCUUUCAAGAAGUUCUACCGUCUGCUUCGCCGCGGUGAUGCCUUCUCUGUAAUCGGUAGACCCCAUCGUACGGCACGUGGAGAACUCACAGUUCUGGCCACCGAACUGCCUCGGAUGCUAUCUCCCUGUCUACACGACGUUCCCGUUGAUGCCAAAGAGCAUGAGACGUCGCCUUAUCCCCGGCAUGUCCAGUUUCUCGCUGAUCCAAAGACGGCGGAUAUCAUCAGAGCACGAUCGGCCAUCAUUCAAUUCCUGCGUCAGUUCUUCCUCGAUAGAUCCUUCAUGGAAGUCAGCACACCCAUCGUUGGCUCAAUUGCGGGCGGGGCGAUUGCCCGUCCGUUUCAUACCUCUGCCACCGAAUUUCCUGAUCGCCAGCUCUCGCUGAGGAUUGCGCCAGAGCUCUGGCUGAAACGCCUGGUCGUCGGCGGGUUUGAUAGAGUGUUUGAAAUCGGCCCGUCCUUUCGCAACGAAGGUCUUGACAAGACUCAUAACCCCGAAUUCACAACGUGUGAAUUCUAUCAUGCGUAUGCAAACCUGGAGGAUUUGAUGUCCAUUACAGAGAACCUUUUGUCAGGAAUGGCGGCGCAUAUCCAGGAAUUUAACAAGAACGCUACUCUGAGCCCGCCAGAGGUCGAUUUUUCCACACCCUUCCGUCGAGUCGACUUCACCACCGGCAUCGAAGAGAAAAUCGGCCGCAAGCUACCUGACCUUGAUGCCCCGGAUGCCCUAGACCAAGUCAAGCAGCUAUUUAUAGACUUAUCCAUCUCCAUUCCCGAGAACCCUACCCUCCCUCGUCUCCUUGACGAACUCUGCGGUACCUACCUUGAACCAGAAUGCAUCAACCCAACAUUCAUCAUCAACCCUCCCGAAUGUCUCUCCCCACUCUCCAAGUCCUUCAUUCACCCGGCCAACCAGCAACGCGUGGCUGCGCGUGCAGAGCUGUUCAUUGAAGGCCGGGAGAUGGUCAACACAUACGAGGAGGAAAACUCCCCCUUUGAACAGAGGCGAAAAUUCGAAGACCAAGUCCGCUACAGCAAGGCCGCAGAUGAGUCUGCUGAGGUCGACGAAAGCUAUCUGGAGGCGCUGGAGUGGGGGCUGCCGUCGACUGGCGGUUGGGGCUGUGGCAUUGAUCGUCUUUGCAUGCUCUUCACGGGUGCAAAGAGGAUUGGAGAUGUCCUCCCAUUUGGAAAUCUACGCGCUGUUACUCGGCGCCAUGAUGGUCUUCUGAAGAACAACCAGUAA